AUGAGUCUUGGAAACAAGAAGUAUAGAGCAGUAGGUGGAGUGGGAGGGAGGGGGGGUGUACGAGGAGCACAAUUAGCGCGCGAGGCUCAACACGACUUGAGUUUUAACAACGCCGAGCGGCACACUCAGCGUCAUUCACACGAGAUGCCUGCACCGCGGGACACGGCCUCCCGAACUACCCACACUACUAACACUGAUGCUAAUUAA